AUGAACGAGAGGGUCGUGGCGUGGGCGGACGAGGGGCGAUACCUCAUCCGCGAGGCUGAGACUCUUCUGAAUGCUGACGAGGUGCCUGAUGACCGUCCAGAGCCGCAGAGCCACAACAAAAGGACCCAGAAGGUCGCAUCCUCGCAGCUUCAGUUUGUAGCCUUGGAUUCACACAGGUUGAUGUCGCUGACCAUCAAAACCAAUCUGGGCUAUUAUGACAACACGAACUUCCACAGAAACAUCAAAGGCUUCAUGAUCCAGGGCGGCGACCCCACAGGCACUGGCAAAGGUGGCCAGAGUAUCUAUGGGGGCUACUUCGAGGACGAGUUUGUGUCCACGCUGAAGCAUGAAAGAAGAGGUUGCUUGUCCAUGGUGAACACCGGCCCCAACACAAACGGCAGCCAGUUCUUCGUUACGUACUCGCGCCAGCCGCACCUCAAUGGUGUCUACACCACAUUUGGAAGGCUCAUUGAUGGUCUAGACACUUUGGACAAGAUGGAGAAGGAGCCGAUCAAUGCGAAGAACAGACCGAUGCGGCCCAUCAAGAUCGAGAGCAUCGUGAUCCACGCCAACCCCAUUGCUGAUGAAGAAGCGCAGCAGUGA